ACAUAUGAAUGAUUCUUUUUUGACUCCCCCACGGUGCGCAAAAUUGCAUACUUAGGAUAUCUAUAAAAUGCGAGUGAAACUGAAGCAGAGACAAACUCGCAAAGAAGACACCGUGCAAUAAAGUUGUUUAUUACAAUACUAAAUUAAACACCAAAUUCAAAAUGGGCUGCAAAGGAUGUGGAACUAACUGCCAAUGCUCAGCCACCAAAUGCGGCGACAACUGCGCCUGCAGUCAACAAUGCAACUGCGUUUGCAAAAAUGGACCCAAGGACAAAUGCUGCUCCAACAAAAAUUGA